CUCAACUCGUGCACGGCGCCGCAGCCCAUUCGCUCGCUCAUUCGCCUGCUCAAAACAACAAAACGACGUCACCUAAUCGAAGUCGGCAGACUGCAAGCUCUCUCAGGUCCAACAAACCCGGUGAUGCGAUGAUGAAAAGAUACCCGGCUUGUGAAACAUGCCGUUGUCGUCCGCGAUAGCCGGGAGGCCGGCGUCUAUCGGGUUAAUGGAUUCCAGCGCCGUCGCCCGAAGCGCUCCGGUUUUGGAAUUUGUGUGCUUGUUUACCCACGACCUCCGGAGAAAGCAGAAGAGAUGGGAAGAUGGUCGCCUCAGAUACCACACGUUCAACAAGCGCGUUAUGGUCUACGAUGAGCGCGGCAAUUUCGUCGGAGACAUGCACUGGCAGCGCGACUGGGAAUUCGACGAAGGCGAGGAAGUCCAGCUAGAGCGCGGAGGUGUUAUUGUGCAGGUUGUAGAGUGCGUGGGACGCCAGGAACAGGACCUGUCUGAACUGUUGGACAGAAGAGCAAAGGAGAAGGAACAGCGUCAAACGCGGGUACCAGUGCGCCCCUCUCCGCCGGGAACUAGGGUGCCCGAUCAUUUUCAGACUCGGCACCGUCCCCUAAACCAGCUUCUUGGGACACCAACUGGCCACCACGGACGUGCUGUGGUCCCAACCGAGUCGCCGUUCGAGCUGCGCCAGAGGGCUAAUGAGGCGAGCGACAGCCCCGCCGAUCCGAGGGCCGCAAAGAGGAGAAAAUGCGACGCCACACCACCAACCAGGCUGGGCUAUGCUCAAAGCUUGUUUGGUGCGACGCUGUCUUUGUCGGCAGUGCCCAUAAGCUCAGCUCCUCAUCGGCGAUCUACCGGACCAACAUAUCGGGAGCAGCCGGAGAUGUCUUCACUGCAAGGAGAGCCAAUGCCGGAUGUCGAACCUGUGGGCGAAGACCGAGCGGUAUGUGGUGGUGUGAGUUUACAAGUGAAUUCCUCUAGGAGUAAAGCCAUUGCCGCUCAAUCACGGACCACCGUGGAAGUUCCUGGGCGGGCGAAGUUUGGGAAGGAAAAAACAAGCAAACCCGCUGCGGGACCCGUUGCUAGUGAACCUUUUAGAGCAGCAGUAACGGUGCCUCGAAAUGGCAGCCCACCCGCAAUGGGCAUCAGCGAUGGCCGUCUACGCUCAUCUGGCAGUGCUCAGCCUCGGGCAGGUUCUGUCGGACAGGCUAUAGUCUCCAAGACCUUUGAGAAAAACACAGGGUUGCGAGCCACGAACGCUAUUGAGCCAAGUCGAGAGCAAGCCCAGCAGAACUCCUGCGUGACCGAUAACCUAGGCCUCCGUACAUCGCUUUCACAGGCGAUAGUCCUGGAAGACGGCUCAAACCCAAGACCAAGCAGUCCUGCGAGCAACACGAAUUCGACGCGUAUAGCUCCAACAGCGGUAGGGCAGAGACCGCCAAUACUUCAUGCUUCAUCAAGGGGGAGACCGAAGAGCACGGAAGCUCCAGAAGCCAUGGAGGACCGGUCCAACGAGGCAAGGACAGAGCUGCGACUUAAGCCCCGGCAGAAGCGUGGUCUUCUGCUCCUUUCUGAGAAGAGGACCAAGACACACCACCUCAACCGACAGAUUCCACUUGCUGAGGAUGAAAGCCCCCUUUCAAUACCUCCACGGGGUCUAACAAACGCCGUAGCCCCAGAGGCUGAUCUUUCAUCCGGCGCAAAGCCCGCUAACCAUGAGGCGGCAGUGCAUGAAGAUGACCCCGAGGAUCAAAGCACAGCGGAGGUAGGACGCCGAUUUGGGGGACCAACAAGUGAUGACUCUAGAAACACCACCGAUAGCGUCCUGCACCUGGCGGCUUCGCCUCGAAGCAGGAGAGUAAGACCAAGGAGCAAAGAUUCUGCGCAACCUGACGCGAAAUCGGGCGAGCCAACAAGUCCAAAUCGGCGAUGGGGCGUGAGAGAUCUUGCUCAAAAAUCGAGCAGAGCAAAACCUGCCCGUCAGACCCGCAGGAUCAAAGACCCAGAUGCCCAGGACUCAAACCUUUCAACCAGCGAGGUACCGGAGGCACAACUGGGAGACAGUGGCGACGAAGAGCAACCUGAGGCUCGUGUUGGUCCACGUCUUGCAAGACUCAGCAGGAAAGGUCUCAAGAGCAGGGAGGUCAUUGGGUUUGUGCCUUCCAGCCCGCUUGUCUCGAAUCCUGUGAAUUCAGUGCAAACACUACCGAGCGUCAGCGGUUCCCGGAUUGCGGCUGACACAGCGGCGGCCAACUGCGUUUCCGAGCCCGGAGGCAAGGGUUUGCUAGUUCCGGACAAGAGAAGACCUCUCGUGGAAAAUCUUCAGAAAUCCCUAGCGCCGAUAGCAUCAACGACGGACGCUCUGCCUGUCCUCCAGCGGCACAACUCGUUACGCCAGGAUAAGGCUGGCGAAAGGAUGGUCGACGAAUCAAGCCAAGAAGCAGGUCUUUUUGCUGCGCAGCCAUCCGAUCACCUGCUCGACACUUCCAAGCGACACAACCUGGUCCUUUGUGAAUCCAGUCCCUUGUCUGUAGGAAACGGCACAAAUAAGGAGACAACACCAUCGAUAUUCGCGCCUGAAUCGAAGAGCACCGCCGCGAUCGAAAAGGAGAGGUCCCCGACGAUGAACGGGCCGGCCAGUGGAGCUCCAGAGAGAGCGGUUGUAACGAGCAUUACAGCCUCGGUGUCACAAUUGGACAGCUCGGCCACUCUGCCAGCAAGCGGCACGCGCAAAGUCGAGGGAGACUCUUGUGUAACGCAAGGCGCCGGCAAGCCGCUUCCGGAAGCUUUACCAUCCGAGCCUGCCCGACCCAGAAUCGCGAACCCAGCUACCCGAGGCCGGAAGGCUGCGUUGAUGUCGGAUGCGGCAGGCCAAGUGCCUCAAUCCAUCUUACCGACCGAGGCCGUCCCUGCCGCAACCCGUAUGCGACCAACUGCGAUGCCACAACCGGAGGCUGUUGCUCACGAGCGCCCCAAAAGAAAGAUGACGUUUCCCGGUUUUACAUCGGCCAGGGCUGGGGGGCCAUGGAGCAGGGAGGCGCACGAUUUGCUGGACAGUGCCCGUCCCGGGUGA